CCGAGGUUGAUUUCGAUAAAAAUGGCCGAAGAGCUCCGAAUGCGUUUUGCGUUCAUUUCCGGAUCCGUACAGUAUAACUGAAAACGAAAGUAGUCCUGAAAACAGAACAAAAAUGUUGUAAUAAUACCCACGAUAUCAAGUAUGGCGGAACAGGACGUAGAAGGGGAAAUAAGUGGGGGUGACAUUGAAGAGGGCGUCAACGUGAUAAACUAUGUCCGAGGAAUCAUUGCUUCACAAAACAAAGAACAUUUUGACAAAAUUGUCAAAGCAGUUGCAAAAGAAGCUACACAAGAAAGACGAUACAAACAUCUGACGGAACUUAUGAAAAGUUUUGUCAAUGUGGUUGCUUUGAACCUUGGGUUAGGUCUUAAAGAUAAAAAGCAAGUUAUACGCGUAUUUCUGCGAAUGUGGAAUACACCAGAGCUCGCUUCUCUGAUAAUGAAAAACAUUUAUGACGAAGACAACGAUGAAAUGGACGAAGACAACGUUCCUUCUGAAGUGCAUGAGCAAGGUAAAGAUGCUGUCGAUCUGUAUGUUAAAGCCCUCCGCGAUGGAAAGGAGAAGAUAAAUAGAAUCCGUCUGAUGGUUGUUGGGAUGUACGAUGUUGGCAAGACAUCACUCGUAAACAACCUUAUCAAAGAUUUUCGAGGUAAAAGACCGCCAAACUAUCCAGACGGAGAACAAUACCCCCCAAGCACUGAGGGCAUUGAAAUGCAUCGUUGCAGGAUAAAUAAUAAAGGCGAUUGGGUGCUUGACAAACAGGAACCAAAACUCGAGAAACGUAUUGAAGUAAUUGUUGAAAGCUUUUUUCCCAGUAACGAAACUUCAAAAGGCGAAGCGAUGGACGUAGGUCAGCCCGACCAACGAACUAUAUAUGAACGUCGACAUGAUGAAAAAAUACCAGAGCCAUAUGAUGCUGGAGAUAUCACAGAAGAGGAAGUCAAGAAAAACAUUGAAGAAAAUAGGCAUUUACAUGAAACCUUCCUUGAUGUCAUUGAUAAAAGAGAGAACAACAAGCAAAAACAAAAGGAAUUGCCCUUGGAAGAGGAAUUCGAUUCUGAAAAAAAAUAUGUAUACAUUUGGGAUUUUGCUGGGCAGAAUAUUUACUACACAACACAUCACUUCUUCCUCAACAAAAGAUCAAUUUAUCUGCUAUUGAUGGACAUGACAAAGGACCUGGACAGUCGUGUAGAAGAAAGUGAUAAUUUCUCGGGCUUGAUGCAUAAAGGGUUUACCUGCUUGGACGCAUUUAAAUUCUGGCUGAAUUCUAUACAUUUGUACAGCUCGAUGCAAGAUCAAGGAGAGGUCGAACCAACAGUUAUAUUGGUUGGAACUCGAAAGGAUGAAAUGAAUUGCAAAGAUGAUGAAAAAGAACAACGGAAAGAUGAACUAUUUGAGAAAGCUCUAGAGUCGUUUAAAGAAACGCCAGCUAUACUGGCACAUAUCCACGACCGAAAAUUUCUUAUUAACAAUCGAGACAGCAACAGCGAGGAUAUACAGAAAUUGCAAACAGAGAUCAAAAGGUUAACAGAAAAGCAAACGUCGUGGGAAGAAACAAUUCCCGCAAAAUGGAUUCAAAUAGAACAAGCUCUAAAUAAAAUGCGCGAUGAUAAAAUGGAACUGGUGUAUAUGAAAGAUGUGGAAGAGGCAUCCAAACAGAAUGCAGUGCAUAUAGAUAAAGAAGGACUUGAGCUUUUUCUAGGCACCCAACACAUGCUUGGAAACAUUUUGUUCUUCAAUGAACCGACGAUGAAGGAUUCGAUCAUACUUUCUCCAGAGUGGCUAAUCGAUGUUUUCAAAUGUUUCAUUUCCCACAUCAGCAACAAGAGCGUCCGGAAUACAGCAGAGUGGGCUGAUUAUAAAGAGUUUGCUAUACUGCAUCCAGCUGUACUGAAUGAAAUCUUUGAAAACAGUCAAGUCAAGAUAAAGCAGCAUAGAGAUGAUGUUCUUAAGUACAUGGAAUACUUGGACAUCAUGGCCAAACCGUUUUUAUUUGAGCAAAUUCCUGAACAAGAUUGUAUGGAUGCCUAUUCAGAAGUGGAUAAUCUUGCGGGUGCCAAAGAGGUUUUCAUUCAUAGUGAUUUGAAUACGAAAAUAAAGGGCUGUUAUAUUGUCCCAUGCAGGCUUCAAGCAAAGCCAGAAAACCGCCAGAAGCUUGUCUGUCGUGAAGGGAAAAACACUCCCGUACUGUGCUUUCGUUUUAAAGAUAAGUUUAUGCCACCAGCUUUCUUUCACCGGUUGUUAGCCAUCUGUAUUCAGUCGUAUGAAGUAACGACAGAGGGAGGAAGGUUUCUGCUAUUCAAUGGCCUUGCUGUGUUCAAUGUAAGCGAUUCCGCUGUUUUGACAAUCUGGUAUGAAGAAUACGUGAUAUACAGUAGAAUGACAUUUAUUGCCAAUACUGGUAUCGAAAAGACACUUUGUACGCAAAUCAGGCACCGAUUGCACAAAGAAUUGAUGGCAAUCCUCGGACUUUUACCACGCUCCGAGAAAAUUGCGAUGUCGAAACCAUUUGAAGAAUUUAUCCAGUGUCGCAAUGUUUCAGAGCACAACAAAGGUCUUCUGCGAGUGAGUCAAUUUAUUUACAACAAGAGCAUAACUUGCUCAGGGUGUUCCACUUUGCAUGACAUUGACAGAAAAACCGCUUUAAACGAAUGGUAUGCAGAGACGUACCAGCUGUUACAUGACAAGGAGUGGGGACAGCUUGAACACGUGCCAAGCGAUAGAGAAUUGCUUAAAAUGUCAGAAGAAAUUGGGAGCGAGUUUUGGCUUGUUGGCAUUGAGCUUGGGAUUUCACAUGUGGACAUGGACAGGCUGCGUUCACAACCCGAGUGUAAACACACACAAACCUUCAUUUUCAAGUUUCUCAUGAAAUGGAAAAACGAUGGUGAAAGGAAAGGGCAAAAUCCCACGCUCGCUUUCCUUCAAAAGGUCCUUUUGGCUGUCCGAAACAAAUAAACACAUUUAAUGUCGAGGUCCCCCCUCAGCUUACCCGGCGGAACAAAGAAGGAUACUUCGAGCGAAUAAUUAUGAAAAGCUGCCUUGUUCACAUAUAAACUCAACAUUUAUGACAAUCGACAUUAAUUGCGUAAUAGAAAUAUGGAUUAGUUGUCUAACGUGUAACUUUAAAUUAACUUAAUAAUACUUGGGCUUUUGAGCAUUAUGAGCACACUUAACGCAUGGAAAAUAUAUAGCAAAUGUAAAAACAUGUGUUAUAUAGUGUUAAAUAUUUUAUUUCAUUGUAUUCUGUAAAAAACAAUCGACGCUUUUAUAAAGUUUAAGACAGCGUGAUAGUCUUUAUGUUGAAUAAUGGUAUUUCAAGUGAAUUUUAAAUAAAACAUAUCCUUGUCGAGUUCACACGUGAUCUGCUUGGGUAUAUUCGGCACAACUGCUUUGCCCAGCCCACAAUGUCAAAAAACCUGGGCCCAAUAUCACGAAAAUACUCCAGUCAAAUCUCAAUCUCUACUCAUUUUUCCACAAUACAGUGUUACAUUAUUAUGUUUUACUGUUUGAAAGCUCUUUCUCUUGCGCAAUAUGUUGAUUAAAAUCAUUGCUCAAUAUUCUUCAAAUAUUUUUUUAUCUAUAUAGCACAAAAUGUACUUGAGUAAAACUCAAAAAUAAUAAAUUAGACUAAAAGUACAGUUUUUGCUCUCAAUUUUUUUAAAUAUAUAUAAAGCUGUUAUGAGAUAAAAUGAGACUUAGAUUAAGAUUUGACUUGAGUAUUUUGGUGAUAUUGGGGUCAUGAAUCAUGCAUAAAUGGAUGAAAGUAGGUCAUACAACUAGUUCUAAAUGGUGUAGGCUUAUGUACAACAUGUUUAGAAACGUUACUGUUAUAGGUCUGUUGUAGCAUAAUCAUGUUACCGUGACAAAAUAAAUGUGUGUGCGUGCGUGGGUGCGCGAUUGUGUGACCGAUGCAAGACCAUGAGGCUCCAGCUUGAAGUUCAAGGUCACACACUAAUGACGGAUAUCACGAAAACCUUGAUGAAUAUAACGUAGUGUUGAACAUAGGGUACAGACAAGUGUGAGUUCAACUGAAUUUGGUAUACAUCACCAUAAAGAACUAUAAUAAGAACUCUUAUGUUCUAAAUCAGCCACUAUACAUGUAUGCUCGUGAUGCGAUUCAAAUAUAAGUGAUCGUAUCUUUGCUGUUAUUUGUAUGCCAGAAGUCAAUUUCAAUGUUUCAUUGUAUCCCAAUUGUUUCACAGACAUGUUCAAAUUUGCAUUUCUAAACUAGUAUGUUAUGUAUUAUGUGUUUUAUAAUUGUCUUCAACGGUUGGAAUAAUGAUUGCAGUGGUUAUUUUGCGGUUAGUUAUUUAAGUUCAGUAUUUUGAAGAUUUUUAUCUUAUAACUAAGGUGGCAUAGAGGUGCCAUACGUGUUAUAUUUUAUCUCAUUGACACGACUUACGUAUAUUGUAAAACCACUUUGGAACUCAUUUAAACAACUUUGUAAAUCGUUUUUAGACUACUGACGUACCUCGUUUAAAUGAGCAAAUAUUUCAGCACAUAUGUAUAAAUAUACAAAAGUGUUGGGCCACAAGUUAUUACAACGUUAGAAAUCGGCCCUCCCCGUAUCUCGUUAAAACGACUUAGUAAAUCUUUGAAACAAUUUGGUAUCCUUUAAAACGACAUGCGUAUCUCGUUAAAGCAAUUGUUUUCUUGUUUAAAUGACGUGCGUAUGUAGUUAAAACGACAUGCGUAUCUCGUUAAAGCAAUUGUUUUCUUGUUUAAAUGACGUGUGUAUGUAGUUAAAACGACAUGCGUAUCUCGUUAAAGCAAUUUUUAUCUCGUUUAAACGACUUGCGUAUGUAGAUAAAACGAUUGACAUAUCUCAUUAUGGCCAAUCGGAAUGAUAAUACUCGCGACCAGGCAUUAUGCGACCAGGCAUUAUGCGCGGUAAAUGGGCGAUUAUGUCGUUUAAACAAGAUAUGGAAGGCGUUUAAAAAGAUACUUAGUGGUUUAACAGUAUACUUAGGCUGUUCAAAUCGUCAGUUUAAGUCGAUUUAACGAGAAACUCAAGUUGUUCGCAUACAAUACACAAGUCUUUUUAACGAAUUACAGUCGUUUUAACGCGAAACAUUUUCGGUCAUUUUAACGAGAUAAGUAAACCCCACAUGUCAACAUUCUUUUUAUAUUGGUCAUCUAACAAUGAUUAUACAUUUCAUUUGUCUAGUAUCAGUGUUUAUGGGUAUGGGUUGUGCAAAAAUAAAAGGGGAGCCCCGGCACGGCGGCGUCCCCGGUGCCCGGCGCGAGCGCGCUGAUGAUCGUAGCGCGCGCAAACUCGGGUCGGUUCGGCCGCCGCGCGGAGCUCCCAAUUUUCAACUUUCCAAAGACCCAUUCAGCUACAACCUGUUUUGUGAAAUCGAACAACUGAUAUGCUCGAGCGGUUGGCGGCCGUUUUAUUAGCGCUGCAUUGUGUGACCUUGCCGCCCAGUGCGUCACUUGAACUUCUCACAUGGCCAGUCGACUUCACGACUUUUUAUUGUUUUCAAGUACUUUAGAAAAUGCCUUUCAGAUCAUUGCUAUUUAGCGGAACAUGUAGACUCAUGGGUGUUAAGGUUUUCAAACAUUUGACACCGUGACCAUCUUUUUGAACAAAUAUCACCCAUAUGAUCUUUAUGACCGCAUAACGACCUGUAAACUUUCUAUAUUGGACGAGUGAUUAUUCUUAUGAAGUUAAUGCAAAUCAAAGCAAGAUUGUUUGUAUUAUUAUUUAUUUUCACAUUAUUUAUGUACAUACUAACUAAGAUGUUUGCACAUAAUCGGAAUAAAAACUCUGACAUCAUG